GGGCAAAACCGGAAGUACUUGUUAGCAUUGUGACGAACCGGAACAAUAGCAGUGGAUAUUAAAACAUAUAUUUGUGUACCUUAGACAAUUCUUUAAAUGUAAAUUCAACUUAAAGUUAAACCUUAAACAAAUAACAAAAAUCUGUUGUUGCUCCCAGCUCUUCUACGGUUCUGUUUUCAAUGUGCUUCCGUAAUGAUGUUAUCGUUAGCAUGUUGCUAACGACAGCACGGAAUGAAUGAUUGUUUACACGCGAGUUUUUGUUUCAAAGUUGUUUAAAGCAGAGAAGUCAUGACUACCGGGGCUGAUGUGAGGGAUAUUCUGGAGCUGACAGGAGGGGACAAUGACGGGCCAAUCAGUAAGAAGGACCUCAUCAACUCGGACAAGAAAAAAUCCAAGAAGACAACCGAAACUCUGACCUUCAAGAGGCCGGAGGGAAUGCACAGAGAAGUCUACGCUCUGCUGUACUCCGAUAAAAAAGAUGCGCCCCCACUGCUGCCAAGCGACACCACCCAGGGCUACAGGACGGUCAAAGCCAAGCUGGGCUGUAAAAAGGUCCGUCCCUGGAAGUGGAUGCCCUUCACCAAUCCAGCUCGAAGAGACGGCGCCAUAUUCCACCAUUGGCGGCGGGCGGCAGAGGAGGGCAAAGACUACCCUUUUUCCCGCUUCAACAAGACGGUGCAGGUGCCCGUGUACUCGGAGCAGGAGUACCAAGUGCAUCUCCAUGACGACGGCUGGACUAAAGCGGAGACGGACCACCUCUUUGAUCUGUGCAAGCGCUUUGACCUGCGCUUUGUUGUAGUACAUGACCGAUACGACCACCAGCAGUACAGAAAACGAUCCAUAGAGGACCUCAAAGAACGCUACUAUGGUAUUUGUGGGAAGCUGACCAAGGUUCGUGCGGCUUCAGGGGCCGAGCCCAAGAUCUACAUCUUUGACGCCGGUCAUGAAAGGCGGCGAAAAGAACAACUGGACAAGCUCUUCAAUCGUACACCAGAGCAAGUGGCAGAAGAAGAAUACCUCAUCCAAGAACUGAGGAAGAUUGAAACAAGAAAGAAGGACCGAGAGAAGAAAGCCCAGGACCUGCAGAAGCUCAUAAAAGCAGCCGACACCACCACAGAGUUGAGACGAGCGGAAAAGAGAGUUUCCAAGAAGAAACUUCCACAAAAAAGAGAAACGGAGAAGCCGGCCCUGCCAGAGACCACAGGCAUCAAAUUUCCAGAUUUUAAAUCUUCUGGAGUUACACUGCGUAGCCAGAGGAUGAAACUGCCGAGCUCGGUGGGCCAGAAGAAGAUCAAAGCGAUUGAGCAGAUCCUCGCCGAGCAAGGAGUGGACCUCAACCCGAUGCCCACAGAAGAGAUCGUGCAGAUGUUCAACGAGCUGCGCAGCGACCUGGUGCUGCUCUACGAGCUGAAGCAGGCCCACAGCAACUGCGAGUACGAGCAACAGAUGCUGCGUCACCGCUACGAAGCCCUGCUGAAGGCCGGCGGCGGAGGAGCGUGCGGCGGCGGGAUGACCACAGCUUUGCCGCAGGCCGGCGACGGCGGCGCCAACAACAUGACGGCGUCCACUCCGCUGGGUGAGGCGUGGCCCAACACGGAUGACAUCAAGGUGGAGGCAAAGGAGCAGAUCAUCGACGUGGUGGGAGCGCCCCUGACACCCAACUCGCGCAAACGCAGAGAAUCAGCAUCCAGCUCUUCCUCGGUGAAGAAGGUGAAGAAGCCCUGAUGAGGACUGAUGCAAGGUGUGGGAGGGCCAAGGAAAUGUGAGGCCUGAACAGGAGCGACACGGCACAGGCGUCACACACACACACACGCACACACACACACACACAACUUCUCCGCCGCUAAUGGCAACUAGCAGACCGCCCAGCCCGCUCGCCACGGUGGGGACAAAAGGCGACGACUGAGUGACAUUUCAUUCCAUUACCGCUCUUCUCCCGGCUCCGGCCUAUGUUGGGCCGUUAGAUGAGGCCGCAUCAAGUGCGAAUUGCUAAUGGCGACGCGGGGGAAGAAGAUGGGCACGGCGCAAGUAAUUGAAAUGAAUUGGAAGGAAAGCGGCGGCUCCAGGAGCGGGAACAUUAUAAUCCACCACGCUCCUGAGGGAAGUUUUUUUUGUUGCCUAAUAAUGUUGUUUAGUCCAUCUACGUCAGGUCACAUGACCACGCUUCAGUCCACGUUUCAAUAAACCUGCCUUUGUUUAA